AUGUGGGAGGUGCGCUCCCCCUCCUUCUGGAGGGCCGUCUUUGCCGAGUUCUUUGCCACCAUGAUCUACGUCUUCUUCGGGCUGGGGGCCUCGCUGCGCUGGGGAGUCGGGCCCCUCAACGUGCUGCAGGUGGCUCUGGCAUUCGGCCUGGCCGCGGCCACCCUGGUGCAGGUGCUGGGCCACGUCAGCGGGGCCCACGUCAACCCGGCCGUCACCUUCGCCUUCCUGGUGGGCGCCCAGCUCUCCCUGCUCCGCGCUGCCUUCUACAUGGUGGCCCAGGUGCUGGGCGGGGUGGCCGGGGCGGCUGUGCUGUAUGGGCUGACGCCGGCCGCCAUCCGCGGCAACCUGGCACUCAACACGAUCCACCCCGGCGUGACCCUGGCCCAGGCCACCACUGUGGAGAUCUUCCUGACGCUGCAGUUCGUCCUCUGCUUCUUCGCCACGUACGAUGAGCGGCACAACGGGCGCGUGGGCUCGGUGGCGUUGGCCAUCGGCUUCUCCCUCGCCCUGGGACACCUCUUUGGGAUGUACUACACGGGAGCCGGCAUGAACCCUGCGCGGUCCUUCGCCCCCGCCGCCAUCACCCGCAACUUCUCCAACCACUGGGUGUACUGGGUCGGGCCCAUCCUAGGGGCCACCCUAGCCGGCCUCCUCUACGACUUUGUCCUCUGCCCCCGCAUGCGGGGCCUGGCCGAGCGGCUGGCCAUCCUGAAAGGCGAGCAGGUGGCGGAAGGCCAGGCCCCCCCGGAGCCUCCCGAGGAGCCCAUGGAGCUGAAAACACAGGCGCUAUAA